GCCAACGCUAAACGUACAACUGUACGAUGCGACAGAAGUCGCCAAAAGCAUCGUGCAAUUGGUAAAGUUAAAUCAACACGCAAACGUCACCAUGCAACAGUUUGUUGGUAUGAUGAAACAAGAAACGACAAAAAGAUUGUCUGAUGUGGUACAGAAAAAGCAACUUGAAUUUCCAUCUGAUUUUCGACCCACCGAUCUAACACGAGAUGAUGUAGAUAAAUUAUUCAAGAUCUUGGUUCUCGAGAAUUAUUUGAAUGAAAAAAGCGUUCCGAAUUAUUCGGGCUUUGUGGCAUCAUAUAUUAAAGUAUAA